AGUCUCUUUCACUUCCCUACAUAUUAGAAAUAAAAUAAUGCUGCCCGAGUUUCCAUUUCUCACAAACCGAGAAACCAUAAUGGACAAGGUCAUCGCUUUUCUCAUUCUGUCAGCGCUACCACAGCUCCAAACAGUGGCCUCAUUGAGAGCUGUGAUCAGCGUCGUGCCACAGACCUCAAGGAUCUUCACGGGCGAGAGUGUUCGGCUCACAUGCGGCGUUCCGGACGACCAGGGGACCGUCUGGGAUUACCAGUGGUUCAGGGAGUCUGAGCAGCUGCCGCAGACCGGACCCAGCUUCAGCCUGUGGAAGGCCAAAAUUCAAGAAAGUGGGAAUUUCUCCUGCGAAGGCAUGAGGGACACAUGGCGAGGGAAGCGCUACACCCUCAGAAGUCUGCCUGUGGAGAUCAAAGUGGAUGGUGGUUUGGCUAUUCUGCAGGUCCUACCUCAUCCUGGCCUCGUCGCAAAAAGCAUGUCAAUGACCUGCCGCGUCCGACGCAACCCUCCAGUCCACGAGAUAAUCCUGUAUAAAGAUGGUAUUGAAGUUCAGAGAGAACGUGGCCUCAACCCGCAAAUUCUCCUGACAAGCCUGAGACCCGAAGACGAAGGGAUGUAUUCCUGCAGGGCUUCGUGGGAUGUGAAGGGUCGCACUAUUUCCGUCAUUUCAGCGCCCACUUACGUGCAGAUCCCGGGAACACCGACAACAGAGCUUCCACCGCAGAAUGUGGAAAAUCAACAACCAGUAUCUCCAGCGUCAGUCCCUCAAUCGUCUGCGCCACCUGCGACUCCGCCGAUAACGAUUCAGCCGAUAACGACCCAGUACACACAGGAACCUGAAGGAUCCAGGAAGUUCUACGAGGAGUCCGGUGACUUUUCCGAGGAGUCCGGUGACUUUUCUGAGGAGUCCGGGUCUGGUGACCUUUCUGGGGCAUCUAGUGGCUUGACCCCAGACUUUGUUGACUUCCCAUAGGAGCUUUGACAAUGAACAACAACAACAAAAAAAGAUAUUUUCAUAAGAAUGAAGAGAUUGCCUGAUCUUCAGCUUUCUGACAUAAAUUAUAUCCAGCCUCUGUGUUGUCAUUAUGCACUCACACAACUGAAUGUAUUUUUUUAAUCUGACCUGUUGUAUGAAUUCAUUAUGAGGUUAUAUUAUGUUAGAAGAAAUUGGCAUCAUUUUGAAAAUAACUGAUGAUAUUGUAUAUAUAUUUUAAAAAAACAAAUAAAACAUCCCAUGUAUGAGCUGCA